CGCCACAACAUCCAUCAUCCACAGCUACACCCUUCCUCUCUCCAGGACCCAUCCGGCAAUCACCAUGGCCAUACCGCCAUAAGACGAUGAGCUGAGCUGAGACCAACCCUCCUCUCUCACUCUCUCCUCCUCCUCUCCCCGACAAGCACAGGGCUCGUCUUUUCCUUUCUUCCUCCUACCUCACUCUUUCCCCCCUCUCGCUCACACUGUGCGCGCCUGUGUGGGUGUGGCCAGUACAAUCCGUUCUCUUUAUUCCCCCUCUCCCCUUGUCUUGUUGCGUGGCCUGCGGUUAUGGAUCAGGAAACCUCACGAGAACCCCGCCGCUUUGGCCGUCCGGUGCGGCGUUAGCGGGCUCCGGUCGCAUUUGGAUCGCCGCUCGCGAUCGCAUUGCGGCUGCGUUCUUUGAUUAUUUCCCUUUUUGUUGUUGUCCGUCGAGGUUUGUUCUUUGGAGGUGGGAUUCGGAGUGGCGGCGUUCUUUUUGUUGGUCUUCGAGAAGGAGAAAUUUCUCGUCUUGGUGAGGGGCAAUGGCGGCCGACGGCGGGCUGUCGGCGAUCGCCGCCGAGGACGAAGACAUCGAGCGCGGCGAGCGGCGGGGCGUGGGCUCGUCGGCGGAGCGCGACGAGGAGGAGGAGGGAAGCCAGUACUUCACCGACGCGGAGGACCACCAGUCUUGGGCCUCGCACUCGCGCCACAACUCCACCGCCACCGCCUACGAGGACUACAUCUCCACCUGCGCCUCCGUCCGCGCGAGCUCCUUCGACGGCGAGGAUGCCGGCGAGCACUGCAGGAAGUCGUCGUGCGUGUCGGAGUGCUCGCUGGACGACGUCGACCUAGAAGCCGGUCUGGCCGAUAUCGUCAAGGACAGCCCCGACAAAGCUGAGAAAUGCUGCCGCAUUUGCCACCUCGGCCUCGAGAGCGCGGCGGCGGAGUCCGGCGCCGGCAUGACGCUCGGCUGCUCCUGCAAGGGCGACCUGUCCUACUCCCACAAGCAGUGCGCCGAGACCUGGUUCAAGAUUAGAGGCAACAAGAUAUGUGAAAUCUGUAGCUCUACCGCAUGCAAUGUGCUAGGUCUUGGUGAUUCAGAAUCAGUUGAGCAAUGGAAUGAAUCUAAUAGCACAGUACCUGUGCUAUCACCACCAGCUGAAACUCAGCGAUUUUGGCAAGGGCAUCGAUUCCUAAAUUUUCUUCUUGCUUGCAUGGUUUUUGCCUUUGUCAUCUCAUGGCUCUUUCAUUUCAAUGUCCCGGGCUGAGCUUCAAAACAUAUGGUCCUCAAUAAAAGCUCCAAUGCCAUUACUACAAACAUGUGGGUGAGAUUCAGCAAAUCUGAAGAACAGGCUGAGAUGAAGCGAAGUUAUGAAGUGGUAAAAAAAUAUUAGGUGGGGCAUGUUGAUCUUAACUGUGUCAGUGGCAAUUGUCUCACCUUUAUCAGGACUCCAUAAGAACAUAAACCGGAAGGGCAAGUUCCUCCCGUUUCCAUGAUCUAGAUGGAGGUUGAAACAGAGAAUGAAAGAUGUGUUGUUCCGUCGCUAAUGCUGUCAUGGUUUUCUGGAAAAGAUUGUGUUGUAGCCAUUCCCUAGCUUCUCAGGCAAUUUUUCAUUUAUUCUGCUGAUUUGGUGUAAGUGUUACCUUGCAAGAGAAAUUUGUGCUUAGUUCGGAAGCAAGUCGCCAGAAAAAAAAAACAUUAUUGUCAAAUGCCUGGGCUUAUCUGCGCGCAUGGAAUUGUCAGUUUUGUGGAAAUAAUCCUGUAAUGCCCUGUUGUUUGUUACAGCACAUGGUACCAUAACGUGGAUAUGGUUGACCACAGAAUGACUUGUUGAGGUAACAAAAAUGACCUGUUUGUGGCCACUAGUCGGGAAUUCAUGAGCUUGUAGUAUAAGGUAGUCAUCUCUCCGUCUCAAAAUGUUAAUAUAAGUAUGUAUAAGGAUUUCUAGAUUGAUCA